GCGACUACUAGGGAUUGCCGCCGCCGUGAACAUGGUAGACAAGCUCCUCGAAUUCAUGUCUUCUUCUAGAACAACAACUCGGCAGAAACCAAGUACCGAGUCUAUUAUUGUACAAAAGCACCAACAUUAUUCCACAACAAGCAUCCCGAAUGAACAGCUCGGGGCUGAAUAUCCUGUUAAUGUGUCGCUGCCUCCUUCCUCCGAAAGGCCCAUGGCAUUGGCAUCGCGGACCGACAACUCCGGGAACAGCAUCUUGCGCCUCUUCUACCUCUGUCCACCCCGAGACAUCCCUAGCGGCUGUGCGGAUAGGAGGCGGGUACAUCAUCAGAUCUACUGCCAAUCCGAUCAAGAAGAGAUGGUCGAGCUCGACGGCGACGGCGCCGACACCACGGUCGGCGGGAAAUGGACGGUUGUCGGAGGGAUUGCCGCCGCCGACUCGGGCAUGGCCGUCAGCGUAGUCCUGGGGCCCACCGUGAACGUCUUUUAG